AUGGCUGGUGAGUUCCCCAAAUACGCUUCUUCAUUCCAGCAUUUUCUCACUGUCAGUCAGACCGCUGUGAUAAAGGAAUCUCUUCGUCUGACCGCCCUUGUCACAUCUCGACUCCCUCUGGUAUCCCCUGAUAAGGCUUUGUGUUACAAAUGGACUAUACCCCCUGGCACGCCUGUUAGCAUGACACUCCGCGAUGUUUUGCUUGAUCCAACAAUUUUCCCCGAUCCUCAGUCCUUUUUUCCUGAGCGCUGGUUUCACUCGACAUCAGAAAUGGAACACGCCUUCGCGCUCGCGGAACUCUACAUGUGCCUCGGCUAUCUUUUGCGGGAAUUGGACUUAGAGCUCUACGAUACCCACCGAGGUCGAGGCAUCGACACCAUCCGAGACUGCUUCAUUGGGGAGGUGUCUCCUGAUAGCAAGGGUGUACGUGUUGCAUUUGCUAGGGAUCCACUCUGCGGGUCCAAUUAG